GGAUUAUUCCACAUUGAGCAAAUGGGAUUAUUGCAAAUUGGGCAUUUGGGAUUUUUGUACUUUGAGUCAGUGGGAUUAUUUAACAUUGAGCAAGUGGGAUUAUUGCACAUUGAGCAAAUGGGAUUAUUGCACAUUGAGCAAAUGGAAUUAUUGCACAUUGAGCAAAUGGGAUUAUUGCAAAUUGGGCAAAUGGGGUUAUUGCAGAUUGAGCAAAUGGGAUUAUUGCACAUUCAGCAAAUGGAAUUAUUGCACACAUUCAGCAAAUGGGAUUAUUGCAAAUUGGGCAAAUGUGAUUAUUGCACAUUGAGCAAAUGGGAUUAUUGCACAUUGAGCAAAUGGGAUUAUUACACAUUCAGCAAAUGGGAUUAUUGCACAUUGAGCAAACGGAAUUAUUGCAAAUUGGGCAUUUGGGAUAAUUGCAUUUUAGUGAGUGGAAUUAUUGCACAUUGAGUGUUUUUUUUAGAUCAAAUGAUUUAUAGGUUUCAUCAUACACACACUCAGUUUUAUUGCCUUAGUUAUUUGUAAGGGGUAUCCUAAAUAGUAACCUAAAAAUAAUUUUAAGUCCUAUUGAUAAGAAAAAUCAUGUUGUGGGGCAAAAUUGUUCCCCAGAUGUUUUGUUCAUGCUUAUGACCAUUUACAAGACUAUUUUACUUACUUAAUAGGGACAUAUGUUGUUUUAUCACAAUUGUAUACUUAAUGCAGAACCCCUGCCAUUUAAAAGUUAAUUUAUUGUUCAUAACCACCAUUUGUUAAGUCAGUUAUCAGGUUGUCAAGAUAUGGAAUAAAGUGAUAAGUUCAAAUGA